AUGAUUUUUUAUAAAAGAAGAAGAGGAAUACAUUUUACAUUUGCUCUUAAACUUCUCCUUGCAGCAAGUUUUUCAAAUGAUAUUUAUUUGAUAGUCAUAUCAUCAGUGAAUUUAUUAGCGAUUUUAAUCGAUAUGUUAAUGAAUAGGAAAUAAACUCCUAUUUGGAAAUAUAUAAGGAUCAUUUUACUUCUAGAAUUGAGCUUUAAUGACUAACCUUUCGGACCUUUAAUUAUCGCCUCAAUUAAUUACAACCUUAAAUAUAAAAUUGUUCUAUUGUCUUUUUAUAUAUUGAGAGCAAGUUUAAUAUAUUUUCACACUUUCAAGAUUAUCGAUUGGGUUUACACAGGAAUCAUUUUUGUUAGCUUCAAUGUGUACUUUUAUUUGCAUGAUAUAAAACAAACUGACAGUAAAUUAAAUUGCCAUUCUCAAAGGAAAUUAACUCAGUAUGAAAUUCCUUCUCAAAAUGAUUCGAAUGAUGUGAUUGAUUUCUUUAACUAUAUCCCUAUUGGAAUUUGUUUAUUAGAUAACAAUCAUAAUAUUGUUAAUUCUAAUAACAAGGCUAAAAAGUAUUGUUCUCUUAUCAAAGAAGAUAAUUUAUAGCAACAACUACUAAUAAUGAUUCAUAAAGCAUGGAUAGAAUAGCAAUAGAAUCCUACUGCAUUAAGAUGCGAAAGAAGAUCCAUAAUCACUUCUUUCGAAGAAUAAGGAUCAGACUUUUAACUAAGAAGAAUGAAAUCAUUUAGUUAGACUCGAAAAAAAGCUAUAUCUCUAACUUUGCAUAAGUAGUAGAGCAAUUUUAUUGAUUUUGCUUAAAUUGUCAAUAAAUUUAAAAGUUCAGGAAUUAUUAAAAAUUUGAAUUCCCUUAAAUAUCGAGAUUAAACUAAUUAAAAAGCUUAUGAGAUCAAGAUAUACGAGACAUCCAAAGGAUAUUUGAUCCUUCUUAAAAAUAUUACCAAAAAAGAGAAAUAAAUAGACAUGAAAGACAGAUAUCAUUUUUAAUAAAUGCUCAUUAAUUCCUUCUCUCAUGAAUUAAGAACUCCUUUAAAUUGUUCUCUCUCAUUAUUACAAACAUUAAAACAAGAAAUUAAAUCAGAUUUGAACGAUACAUAUUUAAAACCAGCGAUAAUCUCUAAUAAAAAAUUGUUACAUCAAAUAAAUGAUAUAUUGGAUUUUGCAAAUUUUGAAGUUUAAACAUUUAAAUUGAGGCCAUACAUUUUUAAAUUAUCUCAUUUAAUACAAACAAUUGAAGAUUAUUUUAAACCAGAAUGCCAAUAGAAGAAAAUUGACUUUAUAAUUUCAGCUUGUAAUGAUGCUUUUAUCAGAAGUGAUUUCGACAGAAUCCUCCAAAUAUUAGUAAAUCUUUUGAACAACUCAGUAAAAUUUACUAGAAAAUAAGGGGUCAUUAAGUUGAAUAUUUAAAAAGUGGGAUCAUUGUAUCAAUUCGAAGUCUAUGAUACAGGAUGUGGGAUUUCUACUGAGAAACUAUUGUUAAUCAAUAAAAUUCUAUAAAACACUGAAGUGGAUCUGGCAAGAAGGGGGGAAGAAGACUAUAUUCAAUAUGUCGGCUUAGGCUUAAAAGUAUCAAGCUAAAUAGCUAGAAAUUUAUGUGAUAAUGGUGAAUUAUUCAUUACAAGUUAAUUGAAUCAAUACACAAAUAACAGAUUCAUUGUGAAAGAUUAGUAAUCGAAUGAUGAAGCCUUAACUAUACCAACUGAUGAAGGCAUAUAGGAACCAUACAAGAGCAAUCUCAAAAGAUAAUGCAAUUGUUUAAAAGUGUUAAUUGUGGAUGAUAUUCCUUUUAACCAUUUAGCCUUUAAAACAGUUUUGAAAUAUUUCAAUAUCAAAUGCGACAGUGCAUAUGAUGGAUCAAUGGCUAUUGAUAUGAUUAAAACUCGAUACUAAACUUGUAAUUGCACUUACAAAUUAAUUUUCAUGGAUAUUGAUAUGCCUGGGAUUGAUGGAUAUUAAGCCACAAAGGAAAUUUAAUAAUUUUUAGAAUAACAAAAUACUAGCACAGUCAUCAUUAUGUGUAGCGCAUUUGAUAGCAAAGAGAAUAUCGAUACUGCUUAUAAGUGUGGAAUGAAGGACAUUCUCCCAAAACCAAUAGAAAAUAGUCGACUCAAAACAAUACUAUAUAAAUAUUAUUUUUGA